AUGAGUUACAUUAAGUUUCCACGCAAAGAAAGAUUGGACAGACCAUUGAAGUCUUUCAAAGUCCUCACAAACGCAAGGUGUGCAGCGACCUGUAACGCCACUCCUGAAACAUGCAAAUCCUACAACCUUAGGAAACUAGUUGGCGACAAAACCUUUCGGGCUAUAUGUGAGUUGAAUGGGCCGAGUGCAACUCCCCCAUCACCUACGAGGACUGAUGUGGAUUAUUAUGACAGGGAUGAGUGUUUCAGCAACCCAUGUCUAAAUGAUGGAACGUGUGAUGAUGGAUUUCAUGAUUACACGUGUUCUUGUGUUCCUGGUUAUGAGGGCUUGAGGUGUGACAUUGAUAUAGACGAGUGUUUGAGCAAUCCAUGUCUAAAUGGCGGAACAUGUAACGAUAGAGGUCCCGAAUGUGGUGGGCUAAAUAUUCGUGUGGUACACGUAGGUGGCAGUACAUGGGGAAGACUUGAAGUAUACUAUAACAAUACCUGGGGUUCUGUGUGUGACGAUGAAUUUAGUGAGAUUGAUGCUAAGGUUGCUUGUAAACAUCUAGGUAUGAGCUAUGAGGGGGCAGCUUUCAACCCAUCACCUGGUGGUGGUACAGGAGAUAUAUGGCUAGACGAUAUUGGAUGUGUAGGAACAGAGACCUCUUUGUUUGAAUGUACACACCGAGGUUGGGGGGUUCAUAAUUGCGACCACGGUGAAGAUGUUGGUAUAGCUUGCAAUACUGUAUGAUCCGGUGUACAUCAAACAUGUUUGAGAGAACAGUGUGUUCAAAAUCUAAUUAUCUCAAGCAACUCUAGAUCUGCCAAAUAGGGAAACUGCAUUUGGCACUAUGUUUCUGUGUUGUUUUGAUGAUUUUUGUACUGAGAGCAUCAUUUUAUUGAGCCGAAUGUUUCGAUAGACUGGAAAACUGGAAAGAAUUGGAAAAUGUUGACUUUUAGCCGUCGUUCUAUGGAUAUAUGUUAAGAUGAACUAAUGUUUCAUAGAUCUAGGAAUACCAGUGCUGAUUCGUUCGAAACUAUAUUCCCAUCUCACCCUUUUGUAAAAAGUCUUUGAAUAAUCAAAUUCAAGUUUCAAGCGUAAUUCAACAUAUGGUUCUAGUUUCAUAUAUAUGUAAAGG